UCAGACAACUGACAGUUUUGAAUGACAUGACGUUGAUUGUCAGAAGUAACCAAACAAGUGCAGAAGAAAAUAUAUUAUUAAUAAUAAAACGAAAAAUAAAAAUGAGAGAGGAUUCUGUGAAAGACUUUAUACUCUACUAAAAUAUGAUAGAUCUAAUUUUUACAGUACAAUGGAAGGAAAUAAUCAAAAGAAUACUCAACAGAAAUUAAGAGAUUUAAAAAUUAACUACAAUAUAACACUUUCCCUUGUUGGAGUAUUUCAAAUAAAUUGAUAAGAAUAGAGGCAGGAAGCUCAUUCCAGUUAUAAUCUAACUUCCACUAUCUAGCACACAUGGGUGGUCAUAAUAGGUUAGUUAAAGUAGUAGUUGUUAAAGUACCGCCGCCUUCUUGUGAAAUGCUUGGAAAUAAUUUAAAAUAACCAACUUCCAAUAUAACAUGCAUAAAUUUUAUCGUCACGUUCGCGUCUUCGCAUUGCUUUGUCUAAUGCUAACACCAUUAUUCUAUAUAGUCUUUGUAAUCUGCACGAAGCAAUUAUUUAAGGCGGAUUCGAUAGCAUGCUACAGACUGCAUGAUAAAUCACUUCCUGAAAUCACCGAAAUGCAACCCAGAAAAGGAAAAUCGAUCUUUUUCCAUGAAACGUCGUGCAACUCGUACAUAGAAGGGAAAAUUACGUUAUUUCCUAGACAAGCUUGUGCUGUCGAAUCCGCCGCCUUACUAAAUCCCGGUUACGACAUAUAUUUACUAUUUACCUCGCCCGGAAUAAUAAAAUUCGAAGGUACCCAAUCGGAUAGAAUAAUUAAAGCUUUAUUAUCGUACAAGAAUGUGAAUAUUCGACAUUUAGAUUACGAAAAAUAUACCAAAGAUACUCCUGUUGAGAAUCUCUACAGAGAUGGCAAAGUGGAAGCGUCCCUGUACGCCCGAUCACAUGCCAGCGACGUCCUGAGGUACCUGUCCUUGUGGAAAUAUGGUGGAAUCUAUCUAGAUUUAGACGUUAUUGUGAUAAAGCCCCUACAAGAUCUGCCAGCUAAUUACGCCGGCUCGGAAUCGGAGAAUAACGUAGCUGCAGGUGUGAUUAAUUUUUCUCCCGACGGUCGAGGACACGGAUUUGCACAGAGGUGUUUGGAGGAUCUUCGCAGAAAUUUUCGCGGCAAGGAUUGGGGGUAUAAUGGCCCUGGGGUCAUUACAAGGUUGUUGAAAAAUCUGUGCGGUGUCAAGAAGGCGAAGGAUAUGUUGAAAAAAGAUUGUAGGGGAUUUAAGGUGUAUCCUCCUGAGGCUUUCUACCCGGUGGAGUGGUGGAAUUGGAAAAUGUAUUUCGAUUCCAAGUACAAUGAGAAAAUGUUAAAUAUUACUCGAAAUAGCUAUGUUAUACAUGUUUGGAAUAAACAUAGUGUUAAUACUAAAAUUAAAAUUAACUCCGAAGUGCCUUACAGUAUUUUUGCUAAAAAGUAUUGUCCUAAAGUAUUUGCAGAGUGUGAGGAAUAUUUUUAGUACCUAAUUGCACUUAUAAAGCAUUUAUUCUUAUGAAAAUGUAUGAAUCUCAGAUUGUUACAAUAAAUCACUUGGUAUUUUA